GCUGAGGGCGGCAGGGCCGGGCCGGGAGGGGCCGGCUUCGCUCGGCUCGGCUCGGCUCGGCUCCAUCCGGCGGCGGUAGCGGCGGCCCCGACCCGGGAUGUGGCGGCGCCCGGCUGGGCUCCUGCUCGUCUUCGUGGCCGCCACGGCCGCGCUGUGGCUGCUGUCGGUGCGGCUGAGCGCGGGGCAGACGCGCAGGGCGCUGCGAUUCCCGGCGGACCUGGAGGAGCUGCGGGAUCUGGCCGAGGCGCUGCGGGACUACGAGCGACAGCACCGGGGCGCGGCGCUGGCCCUGUUCUGCGGCGCGUACCUGUACAAGCAGAGUUUCGCCAUUCCCGGCUCCAGCCUCCUGAAUGUCCUGGCUGGAGCACUCUUUGGACCAUGGAUGGGGCUGGUGCUGUGCUCAGUGCUCACGUCUGUGGGAGCCACCUUCUGCUACCUGCUCUCUGCAGCUUUUGGCAAGCAGCUCAUAGUCCACUUCUUCCCUGAGAAGGUGGCUCUGCUGCAAGGGAAGGCCUUACACCAUACAAUUUCAUCUGUGUGCAGACAGGGGCCAUUCUGUCCCAAAUCACCUCUCUGGAUGCCAUCUUCUCCUGGGACACACUGCUCAAGCUGCUGGCCAUGGCUGUGGUAGCGCUGAUUCCAGGGACCCUCAUCAAGAGAUACAGCAAGAAACACCUGAAGCUGGAUGGCGACAAGCCAGCUCAGACACUAAAUGGCAGAAAGAGCUUGUGAUGGCUUAGGUGCCCCAGUUUUGGGGUAAAAGCUGCAGGACUCUCUUCCCAGGGGUUAUACUCUGCAUGCUUUGUGCCACCAAGGACAGUGGCAGUUUUUAAUCAUCCUUCUCAUCUCAGAGGAGGUGUCCGUUCUUAUUUUUAAUGAAUGUUUAUCUGUGCAUGUAUCUGCACCGAGAGAGAGAUACAGGGGUUUUGUGAACACUCAGUGAAUUUGCCUGUUUCAUUUAAACCAGUCUCCUGUGUGCCUGAGGCUGUGGGGAAUAAAAGGAGGAGUAUUGGCAUCCUGUGAGGAAAGCAAACCAGAACCCAGCUGUGGAUCACUGGCCAAGCACAACCCUGCGGGCAGUAGGCAGGCCCUCCCUUCUCCUUCCAACUGCAGACAGAUUUAGCAUUUUUGGCCAGAAAUGAUGAGCCAUGUGCUCCUGUGCAGCUGUACAAGCACCAAGUUGAAAAAAUAAUGGUGUUUCAGGGUGCAACUGUAGAAGAUUCUUCUUUGAUUUCCGUGUUAAACCAGUACACUCUGCAGCAAAAUGCUCAGGAUUUGAGCUGCCUGAAUCAGUCAUGUCAAAACACUUGAGACAGCUUCUCUGGUCUGCCAGUGGCUGCUACUGCCCAUAGAGAAUAAAGGGAAAAAGAACAGGAAUGGA